AUGGCGGCGCAGGGCGCCACUUCGAGCUCUCCCUCAGACGAGUCCCCGGUGUCCAAGUCGCCUAUCGAGUUGCCGCCCACCCCACCACCGACCUCGACCGCGUUUUCCAAGUCGACGGAAAGCCCCUUGAGUUCUCCGCUUGGCUGGGUCUGCCCCGAGGACUCGUUGCCCUUAGCCGUGUUCUAUGGGCCUCUGGACGCUAAAAACCCACUCCUGGCCUCUUUCGAGAAGGACAUCCGCGAGUUGUUAGGGUUCAUGAAGAAAAAGAAGGCUUCGGCGACAACGGAGCAACGGCUGCAGGAACUCCGGCGGCGUAGUGCCACCUGUCUGUUUGAUAUCUGGACUAAAUAUGCCCCCAGGUUGCCAAUUGACUAUUACAACGAAAAGCUUUUGAAGGUUGGAGAUAUCCUUUUUCAGAUGAAAGAAUACAAACUGGCCCUUUUACAGUGCUAUGGAAGAUACCUUCAGCAGUUUAGUACCCAUUUCGAUGGGAAUAAAGCAGAUGUUAAUCAAUUCAAAGCUAUUUUUUUCCCAAGAGGCUUUGGAGAUAAAACUGCUGGACUUACGUUUCAAGCUUUAAGUGGCAAAAAUAUGUGCAAGUACCAGCUGGUCUGUGACAGUGAUGUUGACUUGCAGAGUAAGGAGUCUGUGACCCAGUGUCUGCAUAUCUUGUCCUCCCUGAGGCUCAUCAUGCAGGUGGCUCUGCCACAGGAGCACCUCUGCUGGAUUAUCUUCAAUGGUACCAUUUACAUUUACACCAUUUGCAGAAAACUGAUGAUCAUAGGUCAGUCUUCCAAGGCCUUAGAGUAUCUCCUGUGGGCCAGUGUAUGUAUGGAGUCUUCCGUGUCACUCCUGGCCGUCAGGUACUUGACGUGGAGAGUUACUCUCUACACUGCCGUCUGCCAGUGCUACUACGACUGCCAAGAUGGCAUUCACGGAGAGGCAUUUGCUCGUCGUGCGUUAGCUAAAAUUGAUGAGUUAAGACAGCUGGAAUUACUGAGUUUCUCAAAGUCACAGGAAGAAUCCUCAAGACCUUAUAGAGAGGCUGCAAUAAAGAUGGCAGUGAUGAUCUUCAAAAGAGGAGCCUUUGAGUCUAGAAGAAAAAACAAAUCUAUCUUUAGACCAAAGAUAAGAAUUAACAUAAAGGAAGCACAAAGUUUGAUGUGGCCACGUACAAUCACAGAAAAGGUAUUGGAUGAGAUGUUUGAUACUGCUGCAUCCCGGUUCCUGGCUAUCUUGGAAGCUCUUUCUGAUUCAAAGAGGCGAAUACUACAUACUGGACCUCUUGUUACAGAAGAAGUGGAGCUUCGUGAUGUUGUCUCAGAACUAUUUUUGGCAGGAAAAGAACUUUUAAUAACAUCAAAUACUACUGCAGAUGGAAUACUUGAUUUUCCAAGAACAUCUCUUCUGGAACUUAUGGUAGAAAGGAAAAAUGUUAUUUCUAUGGAUGCUGCUGUGAAAUUUGUAAAAUUAGCUUUUAAUUACGAGGAAUGGAGUUUAUUUGAAUCUUUAGCUGGGAAUCUUAUUUCUUUUCUCGAGGAGCACGAUGAUCCAGAGUCAAAGAAGGCAGGGAAGGAUUUAUGUCUUCUGCUUGCAAUUGAACCACUAAUCAAUGUGAAGAAAAGCAAAGGUUUGAUCUUUCCUUUGGAAAACCAUAAAGAAGGACAGUCAAAUCGAAUUUCUUUAAAAAAAAUGGGCUCUGCUCAUUCCUGUGUGAAGACUUCGGGAUAUUCAGAUGAAAUUUUCCAUUUGGCAACAACCUUGCAUUUCUGUGUCUGCACCUAUUCUCAGGAUGUCCAGCCUGACAAAGAACUUGUUGUGGACAUAAUUAUGUUCCUAUGGCAGAAAUGCAAGUUAGGAAUUCAGCGGAUCAGUAUGUCCAGAUAUGACUAUGCAAAAUUCACCCAGAGAAUCAGUAGUAACAAAUGGGUUUACCUUCUGUGGCUGAUAAAUGAAGUGAUUCAGUGCUUUAAAUUAAAAGACAUUGACAUUAUCGUAGUGGCAGAGAUCACUUUACGAUUAUGUGAAAUAUUGGAGUGUUUGGGAAGCCCAGAAAGAAAAUUAAAAAAAUCUCCAGACUCAUCUUUAAGAAAAGGGACUGAAGAAUUAUAUGAGUCCCCAAAAGGGAUCCCGGACGUUCUUCCGAUAUUAAAGAAAAAACCUAUGGAACAAUUACUUCUUGCUUAUGAACUUCUUGACAAAGCAAUUGGUGGAAUAAAUUCGAAUUACACAUUAAGUACUUUGUCAGAUGGCGUGUCAGUAACUGACCACCUCUACAUCAAGCACACCCAAGACAUAGAUGGAGAGAGUUACAAACAACUCACGGCAAAUAGUUUCAUGAUGGAUUUGCAUCUUCAACUAAUGCAAUCUCAACACCGAGUAGCUGCUGUGCUUCUUGACAGAUUGCAAGUUUUGCAGACUCCAACACUUAGCAAAAAUGUUUCAACCAAAGGUCCAGGAAAACUAAAACGAUCUGGAGACUGUGAUUGUUUUACAGAAUCAAGUGUAAUGAAUAAAAUAAAGAAGAAUAAACUAUCUAAAGCAAUUUACUUAAUGGAGAAAGCACUUUUAAUAUUUGAGAAAGAUGUAACCUCUACAUCUUCAUGGAAACUUUUGAGGGAAGCAUAUUCUUUAAUCGAGAAGACUGAAGCAGAACAAAAUGCCCUACAUUCUUAUCAGAAAUAUUUGGAAAGCUCAAAGAGAAAGAAAAGCAAAAUCCCUCCUCCACCCAUCCUGUUAUCCCGAACUCAUUGUUCUGUGACACUCAAACCUGCUCCUUUUAUUUCGGAUGUCAGGGUCUCAUGGUACUGCAUUUUGGGCCGUAAAGUUGAAGGAAGUUAUGGAAAAGUACGACUAAAUGACAAUCAUCUCCCAAAUUCAGGGGAAGCGAUACCAGCUGAUGGUAAAAGCGUUUUUGAAGUGAAAGGUUUAGAAACCAAUGAAAGCUACAUAUUUGCAAUUGCUGCUUAUUCUUCUAAUGGAAAGCUUAUCGGUGGUGCCAUUGGGGAGACAACCAAACCAAUUCUGAUUUAUCCACCUCUUUCUGCUGUUACAGCUCGGAUGUUCCUGACACAGGUUUCGUAUCAGACAGGCAACUAUGAAUUGGCUGAGAAAGUUUUCACACCAGUUUGGGAUUAUUUUGUUGCUUCACCACUUCAGGCUGAACAAUCUGUUGUUAGUUUAAACAAUGUAAUGACUAUUACACAGAGGAGAUUACGUUCAGAUGUUUUGGCAGAGACGUCUUCAAUUCUUUUGUACCUUUUUCUUAGAAAUAUUUUUGUAACAAGUGACAUUAAAAUUAAAGAAGAAAAUCUUUUCUGUGAUAAUAUUAAAGGCAAUGAGAUUUUCCCUUCUCAACAAAUGGCUAGACUGACUGAAUGUGAAAGAGUAUUGGUAGCCCUGGAACUUAGCAACUUUCUAAAUGAUUCCAGUUAUGCCCUGCAAGCUGUGACUCAAUGUUAUGGCCUCCUUGCUCCUAUAAUCUAUCACAAUAUUGUUUUGGUACCUGCUGUGCAGAUCUUGAUAAAGUGUAUAGUGGUUUUGCAAGCACUACCAAAUACCAUGUUCUCAAAGAAACAUCCUGCAAGUUUUGAAAGUAUACAGCACAUGAUAGCUUGUUGUAUCCUCUACACAACAAAGAUCCUGCGUUCAUGGAAGGAGUAUGACCUGGCAGUAAUGAUUAUAAAUUACGGGAAAAAAACACUGGACAUCACAACAUCAUGUAAAUCUCUAUUUGGUAGUGAUCAAGAAGAUUUUCUAGACGAGGGUUCUUCUAAGAGGUCUUUAAAGAUUAAGAAGCUACAGCAGAUUCCGUUGCCUGAAAGAAUACAUGAACAGCUGGGUUUGUUGGAAUCACACCUACUCAAACUGACAAAGCAAUAUAGCUUUGAACUCUCAGGAACAGAAGACCCUAUAUUUCUGCACCCUGUAGUUGUAAACUGGUCAAUCAAAACUGCUGUGAGAGAAGUUAUGAAAUUUAAGCAUAGACCUAGAUUCCUGGAAUUCUUUACACAAAUUAUGCUAAAAUGCUUGAAUGAUGAAAAGUUUCACCUUAUGGUGGAGAUAACAGUUCCUGUUCAUGAAUUCAUGAGAAGGAGAAAUGAAACUCUACUUGGAAUAAAAAAACUAAAAUAUAGAGACAGUAUCUUGAAUAAAAAGGGAAGCAAACCUUUGAAGAGGUUCAAAGCUGCAGUAGUAGAGUUUGGAAAAACUGCAGAAAUAAUACACAAAAAAAGGAGAAGAAGGGAAACGCUACGAGAAUUUUUUGCCAAAAAUUCAAAUAUUUAUGAAUUGCCAGUAAAUGAAAGAAAUAAGAGAGCCGAUGUUAGAAAAGUAGCACAUCGAUACCUGCUAGAUACCUUGAAUCCUCUGGUAUUAAAUUAUAUUAGAAGAAAAAGAUUCCAUCAGAUAUUUCUUGAGGAGAUGCCCUGGAAAGCACAGAUGAACAUGUAUCUGGCAACUGCACACUUUCACUUGCUUUUACAAAAGCUAGGAGAGCGUAUGAAAAUGAAGUAUGGCAUUUCCCACAUGGUGGUCAGUUUCCGAUCAUAUGAUCCUAGUAUAUUCUCACUCUAUAAUUCAGGAACAGUAUUACCGACAAUAAAAUUGACUUUAGAAAAUUAUAAAACACUGCUUGAUUUCCUUCUUACAAAUAAAAAACGAAAGACCAACUUAUCACCAGAUGCUGAUGAACUUUCUGCAUUUGCUAAUUCCAAAAUGGCUUAUGAGAAUAUGCCCAAGAUGCACACUAUUUACAGCUCAGACUCUCCAUCAAGUCAUAGUCCUAAAGAAAAGGAUCGAGGAAAUUUGAGUUUAUUGGAUCAUUUUCUGAAAGUCUUUGCAUAUUGCAGGAGAGCAAUGGUUCUUGCUCACCGUGGCGGUUAUUGGACUUUGCUUCAGAACUGCUGCCGGGUCUUUUGGAACUUUACUCAGGAGCUACAAAUACUUCUCAAACAAACAGUGGAUAUUUACAAAACAUCUCUUAUUAAUCAGGAGAGUUUUCUCUGUGUCUCUGUCAUACCAUUCUAUUUGGGGGCAGAAUUCCUUAUUGACAUGUUAAUAAAUCUGCAGUGUACCAAGUCUGUUAAGUCUAUUGAAGAUGAAGGAGAGUUCAGUGUUCCAAGCUGUUAUGGGAAUAUUAAAAAUGAUAAUGGUGGCUCUAGCCUUACUUUUGAGCAUCCUUUGGAUGACGUAAAUGUGGUUGAUUUGAAAUGGAUCCAUGACUUCGUAUUAAAAGCUCUGGAAAUUUUAUAUCAAGUAGAAAAAUGGGAAACACUAAUAUCACUUGCCAUUCAGUUCAAUGAAAUUUCACAUGAACGGUAUACAGAACAAGUGACACCACUUCUAGUAUAUGCACAGCACCAGCUUCUCCUGAGAAUACAGAAGUUCAAGGGCCUAGAUAUCACCCAACAACCUUGUACAAUGUAUGAGUCUAAAUGUGGGGACAAGAUAACCUGCCGAAAUUUCAUUGGGAAGCAGCUUGUCAUUAAUUCUUCAACCAUGGAAGAAAUGGAAACAAUAUACUACACAGAGUUACUGAAAGUGUCUGUCAGUUCAGAAUACACCCGAGCCAAACAGCUUGUCUGCGUGCCCGUGGAUGUGUCAGACACCUUGAGAUGUUUUAGGGAGACCCUGGAAAAAUCCAAAUAUUAUAACAGAUUAGUGCGACACAGCAGAAAGUUGCUUUUAUUGUUUCUUGCACAGACACAAGAUGUUCUUCAAGCCAGCAAUCAAAGAAGUCUUAAAGUUCAGGCACUGCAUUCUCUUGGGAGUCUUCUCCUCUUCGCAGAAAAGAAAAGGGCUGCUUUUAAGUGUUGGUGUCAAGCUCUUGAUGGCCUAUUCAGAAAGCCAGAUGUGCUAUACACAUGGAAAGAGCUUGGCACAUCACCCACCAAUGCCACCAAUGGCUCUUCACCUCCCAGCUUCCAAGACUACAGUGAGGAGUUUCUGUCCAGACUUGGCAUUUGGGGGUGUUUGCAGGGAGCAGUCAUAUCAGCAAAGAUAGCACAAUUUAUUCAGACAUUGAAUGUUAGCAAAAGAAUCAACUGUUGCAUUUUGUCUGCCUUACUCUUUCAGGGUUUGCUUAGAACUACGCUUCCCCACCCCAAAGCUGAACAUUGCUAUGCUCAAUAUGAAAUCACCCAGCUUCUCCCAGGCAUACACCUCUUUUCAGAUAGAUUCAGGGCUGACAUUUGCUCCGUGGUUGCCAGUCUGUAUUACAUUAUACGUGAACUGCAUUAUGUUAAACAAAAUCUAAUGGUGCUGCCUCUCCUUGCCUUAUACCAAUAUUUUGUUUCUGGAAUUUGCCAAGACCUAGUCAGAAAUCUAGAAGCGAGAAUCCUCAAGAUAGAAGUCCUUAUAGAUUUGGGAUUUUUUUCUGAUGCUUUUAAUGAGAUAAUCCAUAUUAUUUAUGGAAGAAACAUGCCUUGCUCAAUACCCGCUGGCUGUAAACCUAUUGGAAAAAUGAAGACAAUUCAGUCAUUUGACACGAGAAAACUUCUUUGCAGUAGAGAAAAUAUACAGGCACUUGAUGAAUUAAUGAGCAAAGGAUUGCCUCCAAUUCUAGUUACACUUGGCCGACAGCAUCUCUUAAAAAAAUUUGUUUUUGUUAAAGCAUAUUUUUUCAUAAGUGUGGCUGCAACUGUAAAUUGUACUUCAGAAAACACGUUCUGUCCCGGACCUGUUGCUGACAAGAGCAAACAAAACAUUCUGAACUUGAAAGAACUAUAUUCAAGGGAUGAUGGAUUCUCAUUUUGUAGCCUUUCAAAAGCUAGAGAUGAGUCCGUUUUCAGCAUGUUAAAAUCAGUUUUGCUGGCAGAAGCUGAAGAAAAGAUAAACAUCCUUUUGGCAGAGAAGGAGCGUCUGGGCCACAAGAACCUUUCUCAGUGCUCUGCUGGGGAGUUGGAGAUUGUGGUGGAGGGCAGACUUCAGCUGGCUGCGAUCGCCCUGCAGAGACACCGGGCAGCAUACAGUGCAGCAAUAAUAAUCCCCACGCUACAGCUUCUUCAGGAUUCAAAACUCUUUAAAAAGAAGGUGGUACAAGAUAGCACAGAGCACCCCACCUCUCCAGGAGCUUAUACAACUGAAAAUAAAGACGAUAAUGAGUUUUUGGACCCUGUUUCCCUGAAUGCCCGAGAAUAUUUCAACAUUCAUCUGUGGCUAAGGUGCCGCUUAGCGUUGGUGACUGCAUUUGUUGCACAGGUCCGUGGCAUUGGAAUCGUGAAAGAGAAUGAUAUGACAGAUUGUAUGAGCCUCAUCAAUGAAGUAUGUAUGGAGGCAAAAAGUGCAGACAACCCGGAGCUACAGGCUGAAUUAUUGACGCAAGCCGUGGUCCUGGGCCUCCAAGAAAAGCAUUUAAAGGCAGACAUCAUAAAAAACCUUCAGGAGAUAAUACAUCUGCUUGAAGGAAAUGAAUUUAUUUCUCCUCAAUCUUCAUUAACACUGGCAAGAAGUCUGGUUUUGCUGGAUGACUUAACCAAAGCUGAGAAAUUCAAGGAAUCUUACUUUUUAAAAACAGAAAAAUUGUGUUUUUUGACUCUGGCUCACAACAUCCUUAUUAAACAGAUGCUAAAUUUUGGAGAAAAAGUUGAAUUUCCUUUAUCAAAUACCGAAUAUGCAAAUCCAUUACAACCUUUGAAUAAUAUCUAUCUUCCUCAUGUCAUGUUAUUGGCCAAAAUAAAAAUGAGAAUUGGACAUACCAUGGCCAAGCAAAUACAUUAUAGCUAUCAAAAGAGGGACCCCCCAAAGUGGGUACCUGCUCUCCAUCUGUUUGAAAUGGCGCUGGUGCUCUGCAGGACAGCAGCAAGAGAGGAGAGUGAAGUGGAAGCGGAAGUCCUUUUUCAGAAAGGCAAAAUAGAACGUCAAGUAAUGAUGGAAGAGAUAUCUCCAACUUCACAACUUGAGAGUUUAUAUGAAGCUAUACAACUAAGCUUGAGACAUGACCAAAACUCAGAAUUGAUAAGAAACUCCUACCUAGAAAUGGCCCUAUUAUAUUUUCAUCUGAUGAAGCCAAGCAGAAGAAUGUCACCAUCACCAUUAGUGCUUAAGCCUUUCAGAAGAACCAGUUCUUUUAAAGAACCAAUACCAAAUAAGUUUGAGUUGUACAACUCAUUGGCCUGGAUUGCAAUAAGAGCUGCCGCCCAGGUCAAUGAAGCUGUGUUGGCAAUUAACCUCCUUAUUGGAAAGAAGAAUAACAGAACGGAUGAAGUUAACCAAGUGGCCUUACCGAAUAUCCCAGAAUUUGCUGCUGUGGAUCUUCUGUGUUCAUAUACAGAUUAUUUGUUUGAGGACUACCAGGUUAUCUUCCAGACUUGCGAUACAUUCUUGUACCAAAAUGAUGACGUAUAUGAAAACGUAGAUGCCAGUACCAGGACUCAGACCAGAGUGGAUAUUACCUGGAUCCUUCUACUGCGCUACUAUAUUCACCUUCAAAGGAUUAAUAAUAUGAGCAAACUGCUAGCAUCUUCAAUGCUGGAAUCCGGAAUUUCUGUGCCAGAUGAUACACUUCUCACAUCCCUUUACAACUCCGAGUUGAUUUUGCGUCAGAAAGAAAUGCAUUUUUUCCUUAAAAAAUUCUUAGAGCUGUACUCUUCUUCUUGUAUUGAUGAAUUUCCAAGAGAACUUUUUCAAGGGUUUGAAAAUCCACCUCUUCCAGAAAAAGUCUUAUAUGAAGCACCAUCCAAGUUAAGCUGUACAAGUUCUGCACACUCCAUCAUAUCUGUAAAGCCCCUUACCAGCCCUCCUUCUACAGACACAAUAACAUCAGAAAGGGCAACACAAGCUUUACACAAAGAACUUUGCUUUCAGUGGUACAUUCCUCCUCUGGACAAACCUCCCAAGGAAACAGAACCUAUGGUUUUAUUGCUGUAUGCAUAUAAUAUGAUGCCCGUGAAGAUGGCAGAUAUUAAGCACUCUACUUUUAACUCUGCAUUUGUUGGUUUGUUAUGGGUUUCACUGAACAGAGUUAUUGAAAUUCAUGAGAAAAUAUCCAAUCUUGUGCAAAUAGCUGAAAUAUCAUUGCCAGCAACUCCUGAAAUUAUUUCAAAUGAAGAUGUAUCUCCAGUGGAUGAAACAGAAGAGAAAUCAAUUGAUAAGGAAAUGGAGCGCAUGAUUAUUGGAUGUUGCUCUGAAAUAAUUUCUCUAUUUUUGAGUGAUAAAGUAUCAACACCGCUAUCUGAGGUCCCAUUUGACAUCUCCCUUCCAUCUAUAUUAAAUCUUGAGAGACUCUUUGACCUUGCUAAUGGCUGUAUUGUAUCAGAUGGAAGCCUUUUCAACUGGAUGGUGUCCCUUAUUCCCGAACCUCCUUUAUCUGGUGACUGAGGAGAAGAGGGACAAGUUCCUGCCACUGAGAGACAUUUAAUAAAUCCUGGGAACAAAUGACGGCCAGGCCUCCAGGGAAGAUGAGCCUGUGGGAUAUAAUGGAAGAGAAACCAACAAAAGGCAAGAGGAUUGAACAAGAAAGAGCAAAGAACAAAUAUCUCCUGGCUAAUUCAGAGGAGAAACAGCCUUGCCCGAUGAC